UCGCAUUUUACCAUGCACUCAAUAUUCUUCUGCUUUUGAUCGCCCACACUCUUUCAGUAGUGGGAUUGUUCGCUUCUUCUCCCCGUUGCGACCGAGUCGUUGAAUCGUCUUUCCUUCUUACGCAAUAUUAAUUUAUACGACAAGGUGUGAGCUCUCGGCUCUCCUGGAGCCCCCCCCGCUCCGAGUACUCGCACAUUAUUAUCCCGCACCGCCAGUCCACCUACUUCAUUUUGUCGCUUUCACUCUAGUCGAUCAUAUCUCCGUUCAAAUAUUACCUGGCUUGCACUUUACGUCUCCUUUUAAUUCGGAUCAUCGAAAGCAGUGUCGCCUACACUAAUAAUGGCCGGUCAAUCGAAACCCACCCUCUCUCCCUGGGGGACCGCUGUUGCAGGCGCAACAGGGGCAGUCCUAGCAAAUGCCAUGGUCUACCCUCUGGAUCUGGUUAAAACGAAGCUUCAGGUCCAAGUGAAGAGUUCCAGCGAGACAAAAAGCGAGGGGUCCAAGGAGACUGUUCACUACAAGUCGACUUUGGAUGCCAUCAACAAGAUUGUCGAGAAGGAGGGAGUCGAAGGUCUUUAUUCCGGAAUCACCGGCGCGCUGCUAGGCGUGGCGUCUACCAACUUCGCCUACUUCUACUGGUACUCCGUCGUGCGAACUCUCUACAUGGCAUCCGAGAAAGUGCCCAAGCCACCCGGUACUGCCAUCGAGCUCUCCCUCGGCGCCGUGGCCGGUGCAGUCGCCCAGAUCUUCACCAUCCCCGUUUCCGUCAUCACCACAAGACAACAAACACAACCCAAAAGUGAGAAGAAGGGUCUCAUUGACACUGGAAGAGAGGUUGUCGACAGUGAGGACGGCUGGUCGGGUCUCUGGAGAGGGCUCAAAGCCAGUUUGAUCCUGGUAAUCAACCCCGCAAUCACCUACGGUGCCUACCAGCGCCUGAAGGACAUCCUGUUCCCCGGCAAGAACAGCCUGAAACCGUGGGAGGCUUUCCUUCUAGGUGCUCUCUCCAAAGCUCUGGCCACGAUCGCGACUCAGCCUUUGAUUGUGGCCAAGGUCGGUCUUCAGUCCCGACCCCCCCCGGGUCGCGAAGGAAAGCCCUUCAAGACCUUUGGGGAAGUCAUGCGGUAUAUUAUUAAGAACGAGGGGGCCCUGUCCUUGUUCAAGGGUAUUGGACCGCAGAUUGUGAAGGGACUCCUAGUACAAGGCCUCCUCAUGAUGACCAAAGAGAGAAUCGAAAUCAGUUUCGUACUUCUUUUCGCAUACUUGCGUAAACUCCGGCAGCAGAAGCUCGGAAAGGUCGUGGACUCUGCAGCCUCGUCGGCCAAGGCUAGCCUUCCGGCAACUUUGAAAUAGACGCAUACAAUCCCCCUAGACACGCUAAUUACUACCGACACUUCUACUAACACGAGUUUCUUUCUUUUCUUUCGGCGCACUGGCUGUGGGGUGUGUCCUCUUUCAUGUACCGGGCUGACGACCGAGGAUUGUUGUCUAUACAUUUUGGCAGCAUGACGUUUAGAACACAUAUGUUUACAUAUAACUAGUAACCCCAGGGUGGAUAUCUGCAAUGUGAAUCAUGAUCUAUCAG